AUGUCGCCCUCACCGCAGCUCGCUCCGCCCGGGAGCAGCUCUUAUGACUCGAGCACAAUGCAUGUCGGCGACGGGACCUGGGACGCAGGCAGGGAUACAUUCCUACUACCCAAUCUUGUCGGAUUGAACUUUGCGACAAUGAGAUACAAUGGCAUGGGGAACCGCUUCUUCACUAUGAACGGCUACCACUCUCUGGUCCAAGCGCACGGCAUCAUAGCGGCCGUGACAUUUCUCGGAGCGGUGCCACUUGCGAUAUUCCUUAUGCGAUUCUACGGUCGACAACCACGAUUGGCAUUGCGGCUGCACAUAUGGCUCCAGAUCCUGACCCUGCUUCUGAGCACGGUGGUGUUUAUUCUGGGAUUCAUGGCUGUUGGUCCGAACAGAAGCUUGACGAAUCCACAUCAUGGCAUCGGCGUUGCCAUUUACGUCCUCAUCUGGGUUCAGGUUCUCGGAGGAUGCCUCCUCCACAGAAAAGAAAAGGGAAGAAAACGGUUGCACAUUCCAGUCAGAGCCAUGUUGCACCAUUGGCUUGGACGUGCGAUUGCUUUGCUAGGCAUUGUUCAAAUAGCGCUGGGCCUGACGCUCUACGGAUCCCCACUAUACCUCUUUGUUCUCUAUGCGCUGUUUGUCUUCGCAUUGCUUGUUUUGUAUUUCAUUCUGCAGUGGUUGGCUGAAAGGCGAAGGGCGCGAUAUGGGGCUGAUGGAGGCAGCUAUUACAGUGAUGAAGUCGUUUCCAGGCCUGAUGGACGAAAGCAUUCCGGGCUUGGAAAAUUGGCUGCAGCUGGAGCAGCAGGUGCAGCGCUGACGGCAUUGUGGAGGAGACGAUCCUCGGGGCAUCGAGCACAUGGCGGAGAUGGGUUUGGACCUGACGAAAGCAGUGCAUCGUACAUGAGUGAUGAGAAACUCUCCGAGACCUCCCACAAAGGCAUUGGACAUCGUCUUCUACAAGUCGCAGCCAUAGGCGGUACAGUUGGGGCUGUGAGAAAGCUUUUCGGCGGCAGACACAGCCAGGACGAUGAUUCGGACGUCGGCCCUUACAGACCACCUCUUGGAGGCAACCAAUCCGUGACCACGGACUCUAUGUCGCAGGUCGAAGAAGGAAGGCCACCUGUCCGGCCAACCACACCUAUGGGGGCAAGCCCAGGGCAUGUGCGACCAACUCAUCCUCUGGCACAGCCGCCAAUGACGCCAGGCUCGGGACGAAGACAUUCAGGGUCAUCCUACUCCUACAGCGACUCAUUUCUAUCGGGCUCGCCUUCGCGGCGAGGUAGGAGGACACACACUUUUCGCGACGCCUUGGCAGCUGGCGGUACUAUUUUUGCGGUUCGACAGCUGUUCAAAAACCGCAGGCAGCGGAAGGAAGAUGUCCGUGCAGAAGCCUUGAGGAAACAGCGGAUAGAACAAGAGAGUGUUGAUCGCAUGAACUCUGUUCACCGAUACACCGGCGAUGGUGUACCACCACCCAGACGAUUGCGCCAUGACAGAUUAGGGAGCCAGACUGCAUCUGAUCUUUCAAGUGCAAUGGAGAGUCGGCCGGGAACAGGAGCAGCACUACCGGUAGCAGGUGUGGGAGCAGCAGCAGCAAGCGCACUUGCGGACAGAAACAGAAUCAGGCCCGUUGGACAAGACCCUUCAAUAGUCACUCCGGGCCCAUCCGCUACUGCUCCGGCAGAUAUCCCUCCUAUACCUCCUCCUCAUCUGGAUUCGUCUGGAAGUGAGCUAUACACGACAGGAUCCGGUCACCAGAGGCACCGACACCACCUCGGUGACGAAGCAGCUGCCGGUCUCGCCGGUGCAGCUGCCGGGGCCAUGGCCGCCGACCACGCACGCAGACGGCACAGCGGCAGGCAUACCGAUUCGAUGGAGUCUCCGCCCGUGAGUCUCAAGGUCAAGAUGCACAAUGACGGGCGACACGUCACGUUACGAAGGUUGACGGAGGAGGAGGCGGCGGCGCAACGACAAGAACGACACCGACAGCGGCAAGCAUCUGCCGCGAGCCGACGACGCACUUCUAGUUUCAGCGGCAGCGAUAGUGACAUACUGGGAGCCGGGCCCAGUGCUGAUAGACGUUGGAGACGCACCGAAGCACUGGAAGCCGAACAAGCUGAGCAGAACGAGGCGGCUGCGGCAGGCGCAGCGGUCCCCGCAGGAUCGACUCAAAGCCACGCUCAACCGGCAUACCCUUCACCUCCCCCACCAGGGACCCAGGCCGUUGAUCCCCGUACUGGGGAGACAUACCAUGUCCCGAUGCCACCACCGAUUCCGACAUCAGCCAGCAACCUCGGACCAGCCGGUAGUGUUACUUCGCCUGGCACCGAGACCAGCGCGGGCACCGAGUAUGCGAACAAUCGGCGGCGAAGGAGGGCGGAACGGGCUCAAGCGCGACUGGCAAGGGAAGGUCGGGGCGGGAAUACAGUUGACUUUACUUGA